AUGAAUGAGCGUUUGCUCGUCCAUCGGGAUUUUUUCUUUUACUCCUUAGUGUAUGAUCCUCAGCAGAAAACAUUGUUGGCAGAUAAAGGAGAAAUACGUGUGGGCAACAGAUACCAAGCUGACAUUACAGAUCUGCUAGAAGAAGGCGUAGAAGAUGGUAGAGACCAAGCUUUCCUUGAGACAAAAGUUUGGGAGGCAAGCAACCCCCUUACAGAUAAACAGAUAGACCAGUUUUUAGUAGUAGCACGAUCCGUAGGUACUUUUGCCCGUGCGUUAGACUGCAGUAGCUCUGUGCGGCAACCAAGUCUACACAUGAGUGCAGCUGCGGCAUCUAGAGACAUCACGUUGUUCCACGCUAUGGACACAUUACACAAAAACUAUUACGAUAUAUCUAAAGCCAUUUCUGCCCUGGUACCACAAGGAGGUCCUGUGCUCUGCAGAGAUGAAAUGGAGGAGUGGUCCGCUUCAGAGGCAAAUCUGUUUGAAGAGGCUUUGGAGAAGUAUGGCAAGGAUUUUACAGACAUUCAGCAGGACUUUUUACCAUGGAAAUCGCUGACCAGCAUAAUAGAAUAUUACUAUAUGUGGAAAACAACGGACAGAUACGUGCAACAGAAACGGUUGAAAGCAGCUGAAGCCGAAAGCAAACUAAAACAAGUAUAUAUACCCAACUAUAACAAACCGAACCCAAACCAGAUAAGUGCAAAUAGUAUCAAACCUGCCGUGGUCAAUGGAACUGUGGUACAAACCCCGAACAUGAGUGGACGAGCCUGUGAGAGCUGCUACACAACGCAAUCUUACCAGUGGUAUUCCUGGGGUCCUCCAAAUAUGCAGUGUCGUCUAUGUGCAUUGUGCUGGGCAUACUGGAAAAAGUAUGGUGGAUUGAAGAUGCCAACCAGAUUGGAUGGGGAGAGGCCAGGUCCAAAUCGUAACAACAUGAGUCCACAUAGCUUGUCUAUGAGAGCCGGUGGAAGCCCAAAAUUUGCCAUGAAAACGCGUCAAGCAUUUUAUCUGCACACUACAAAGUUGACCAGGAUCGCGAGGCGACUAUGUCGGGAUAUUUUCCGUCCACGUUAUGCUGCAAGACAUCCUUACAUGCCUAUCAACAGUGCUGCAAUCAAAGCCGAGUGUACAACAAGGCUUCCAGAAGCUUCUAAAUCUCCACUGAUGCUAAAACAGAUUGUCCGAAAACCUCUAGAACAAGUCGUGAGAUACAUAGAGGCGCAUCCCUGCACUCCCAAGCCAGAGUCCAUCAAGAAUAUUUCCACAAGCAUCAACAACGCCCUGACUCCAUCGAAAUCUUCUCCCGUCAUCAACAACGGAUCUCCAACAAUCCUGGGCAAGCGCAGCUACGAGCAGCAUAAUGGUAUGGACGGCAACAUGAAGAAGCGCCUGCUGAUGCCUAGCAGGGGUAUUCCUAACCAUGGACAAACCAGACAAAUGGGACCAAACCGAAACUUACUGCUCAAUGGGAAAUCCUACCCAGCAAAGGUCAGAUUAAUCCGAGGUGGUUGUCUGCCUCCAGUCAAGAGGAGGCAGAUGAACUGGAUUGAUGCGCCUGAUGAUGUUUUUUAUAUGGCGACAGAAGAUACAAGGAAAGCCCGCAAACUUCUCUCGUCCUCUGAAACCAAGCGAGCUGCCAGACGGCCUUACCGACACAUAGUCAUCUGCCAGUCUCAAGUGGGACUUCCGGGGCGACACCCUGUCAACGACGAACCAAUUGUUAUCGAGGACUGAUCUCCACCAGAAGUUUCUUCUCCGAACAAUACUUGACUUUUACACUAUGAGGAAAUGAAAACUUUUGCAGCUGUUUGCAUCUUUUAAAGGAUUCCAUGCUUUGUACAAGCAUUUAAAUCUAAAGACUUGUUACCCUUUGGUCAAUUUUUGUUAACCAGUCAUUCCCUCAAUUCCCUUUUAAAUGUGUAGAUUAUGCAUUUGAUUUUAUUUUUAUUUUCUUUAUUUGGCGUCGAAGUGACUGUUUUUUUGCCGACUGAAACGGGAACGCAAGUCGUUAAAGGGACAUUUGGGCAGAUCUUGUUUAGUGUUUAAUUUCAAUUGAAAUUAAAGAUAGGAAAAAAAAAAACUUUGUACACUUGAAAUAAUGUAUCAUUGCUGAUGCCUUUCUUUCUACAAGAUGUGUCAUUUUACUUUUUGAAAGUGCCAUUUAUUGUUUUUUUUGUUUUUUUAUUGCAGUUAUAGACUGAAUGACAACAACUCUGUAACUUAUGGGAUUUCAUUUUGAGGUCUGACGAGACAUAAAUGUGCUUCUUGUGACAUGCGUUUAAAGUAAAAAAAAAAAAAAAGAAAUUAAAAUGUU